UGUCUCGCAAGUCGCGUCUUAAGAAUGAAGGAAAUUUCGCUCGACAAUCUUCAAAAAUUCGAGGACAUAUUCAAUGUAGAUCGUGAAAAACAUAUGGUGAUUCUGCUUACUAUAAAGACUUUUGUCUGUCGUUUUGAGAAAUUUCCUGAAUUGAGGAACAAAGCAAAAUUAUUUGCGCUGUCGGACGACUGGGAGAAUGAUGGAUAUUUCUUUAUGACUUUUGUGAUCUGGACGGAGCACUUUGUUUUCUUCGAUUCCAUCAAUGACUCAACAGAUGUUUUGAAAAAUGCUUUACGAUCCUUGGACUACAAUAAUUUAAUGUGUUUGUUUUCAAUCAGAAAUGAAUUUCAUGACAUGGUUUGCGAGUUACGCGAUGAACUUGGUUUAAAGCUGCAUAUUGAUGCUGACACGGCAUGCUUCUAUCUUCCAAUGGCUGAAUCAUUAGCUUUAAAGUAUGAGAUGCCUCCAAAUCUUCAUAUUAAGGAACUAUCAGAAGAUAAUGUCGAAAAAAUAAAUUCCGUUUGGCCACAUCGAUCUGAAGGAUCAGAAAGCUUUAUUUCAUAUUCCAUCAAAUUUCAUUUGAACGUUGGAUUGUAUGAUAAUGAUAACAAUCUCGUUGCAUGGUGUCUUCGCUAUGAUAAUGGAGCCUUAGGAGUACUUCAAACGGAUUCAAACUAUUUACGAAAGGGACUUGGAAGUGUUGUUGUUAAAAUUUUAUCUAAGAAGAUUUCGGAAGAGUUUCAAUGUGAUAAUAUUGCUUUAGUUGUACAAGAGAAUGUAAAGUCGAUUAAUUUGUUCAAUAAGUUGGGAUUUAAGAAAUUGGAAUCGCACACUUGGUAUAAUUUGAUUAGAGCGUAG